GCAGGGGCCGAGCCCCGCACCCCGCACUCAGCCGGGACCGGGAGCGGUGCCGGUGCCGCCGGCGGUGCGAAGUCGGCCUUUGCAUGGCUGCGGAGGAGAAGAGGAACCUGCAGCGCUGCAGGCGGAACAUCUAGGGGGCCCUGAACCCCAUCUACAUCCUGAGCAACAUGACGGACUGGCUGUCCGACGAUGUGAAGGAGAGAGUCCGGAAGGAGGAGGAGAAGGGGGUGAGGGCGGCCGCCGCGCUGUUUCUGGACGCCGUCCUGCAGCUGUAGGCCGAGGGCUGGCUCCGGGCCUUCCUCCGCGCCCGGGUUGCAGCAGGUUACACUGGGCUGGCAGAAGCAAUUGAAAACUGGGACUUCAGCAAACUGGAAAUACUGGAGUUGCACAGACAGCUCCUGAAGCACAUAGAAGCAACAAUGUGAGAAGUUGAUCCCGUAGCACUCAUGCCUUACAUAAACACAUGCCUGAUAGAAAGGGAGUGCAAUGAGAUCCUGCAGAUUAAGCAAUACAGAAGCAAAGCAGCUGGGUUAACUAAAUUCAUUGAAUGCCUCUGUCGAUUGGACAAGGAAAACUGGCCAAAAAGCUUUCAGCUGGCACUAGAUAAUGCAGGAUAUUACAAUGCAAGUGUGUGGAAUAUGAGAGAAGAUAAUGGCAAAGAUGUUGAUGGUGAAAUUACAGACAUCUCUGAGAAGAGUUUCGAAACCACAAUUACAUUUUUUGAAGAAGCAGAAUGUGAUAAUAAUCUCAGUGAAAAUCUUUGUUCAGCUUCAGAAAGGACCUAUCAGUCUCCACCUGUUUAUGAACCAAAGGAGGAUUGGAGAUACCAGAUUGGACUUGCACAGCCUGCUAUCAAUGGGAAAAACACAUUGAUAUGUGCCCCCACAGGUAAGAAAACACAAUAUCUUAGAAAAAUUCCCUUGAUGGAGAGGUCUGUGAAGGAUAGGGAAAGGUACAAGAAAGAACCAGAACUAACUUUCCUUUCAAAAGAUGAAUCAAAUUAGAAUCCCAAGCUGGAAGAGCUUGCUUGCAUCCUGGAUGAAGCAUACUGCUAUAACCCACAGAUCACACUCCUCUUUGCUAAGACAAGAACCUUAGUAGCUCCUUUGAAGAAGUGGAUAGACAGAAACCCUCUCCUUAGCAUAAAGUCAGAUGGGUUGAUGGGUUGUGGAAGAAGAGAUCAAAAAACAGGUAUGACCCUGCCAGUGCAGAAGGGUGUACUGGACGCAUUCAAAACCAAAGACAGCAGACUGCUAAUUGCUACAUCUGUUGCUGAUGAAGGCAUUGAUAUUUCUGAGUGCAACCUUGUUGUGCUCUAUGAAUACUUCGGUAAUGUCACCAAAAUGAUCCAAGUAAGAGGUCAUGGAAGGGCAAGAGGUAGCAAGUUCAUCCUUGUGAAGAAAACAGAAGUGGUUGAGAAUGAGAAACACAACCAUUACUAGGAAGAAAUUAUGACUGAAACUAUUGAAAAGCUACAGAAUUGGGAUGAAACAACAUUUGCAAGAAAGAUACAUGAACUGCAAAUGAAGGAAAAGGUAUUACGAGGUUUCAGGAAGAAGGAAGGAAGACGUACAGUAAUGGAAGAAAAAAAUCUUCUGUGUGGAAAAAGCAAAGCAUAUGCCUGUAGUACAGAUGACAGAGCUAUAAAGGAAUCUCAUCACACUGUCCUAAGAGAUGCGUUCAAGGAGCAUUACAUAAAAAAGCCUCACCAGAAACCAGUCCAGUUUGAUCAUUUUGAGAAAAAAAGCAAGAGGCAUUGCCAAAAUACUAAUUGCCAACUUGACAGGGAAAUCAUAGUGAAGUACAAGACAUUUGAUAAUCUACCAGUGAUCAAAAUCAAAAGCUUUGUAGUAGAGAACAUUGAGUUUGGGACACAAAUGGAACUUCAGAAACCGAAAAAUAUUUUUUCUUUGAAGAAUUUUGAUGGUGAAGAAACAUCCAGCUGAACCCAACAUUUUAAUGCACGUAUCACCCUA